AUGGAGCCAGCUUUCUCCACCCCGUCCACCCACCCGGGCGCUCGCGCCCCGUCCUCCUGCGUGUCCGUCUCUCAGCGGCUCACUUUUCUUUCACAGACACUGGGGCUCGGCCAGGUGCGGGGCGGUGGCGUCGGUGGCAGCGCAGGACUUGACAGAGGAAGCCUGACACCUUUGCUGCCCGGGGGGCCACGCCGCCCCUCCUCCCUUCGGCUCCUCCAGCAGUCACCUUGUCUACGGUUUGCGUACGAUCGUACCUAUUUGUAUAUUAUAUAUUUAAUACGUCUACAACUUCUUUGUAAGAGCCUCCUGAUCCCGGAAACGUGUGCGCACGCGCCCGAGUUAUUCAGUGGGCUCUGGGAGCCCUUGUUCCCUUCUAGGCCAGCGGGAGACACAGGCGCCUCCGUCCGUGUCCGGAGCAGCUGCGUCGCCCAGGAGCGCAGGACAGCGAGUGGCCCGCGCCCCUCCCCCACCCCGCCGGGCGGCAGUUGCUCCGGGGUUUCCCGGGCAGCCGGGCAGGGCUCCGACCGUGCUCUGGCCGUUGGCCUGCAGAACAUCCACUUCUCCCAUGUAGUUCCUGGGUGCAGAACUCUCCAGAAGAAGGGGCUUCUAAAUGGCCCAGCCCAGGCUUCUUGUUCAGACCAGGCUGCUCUCCCCACACUGAGCCCAGGGAGCCACUUCUAUGCCGCAGUUGCUGGGAUUCCGGCUCCUUGCGGCGGCGACCCAGGCCUGGGCUGGGGUUGUAGGUGCCGGGAAAGCGCCUGCCUUUGCCUAGAAAUCGCUCGCUCCUUCCAGAUGCUGCCCUCUCAGAGAUAUGAUGUCCCAGCCAUAAAGAUUCCUUCCCAGGACGAAAGUCUGGCUCCUGUUAAGCUCCCAUUUCUUUGUGGGGAAGACACGUGUGAAGCUGUGUCCCUUAAUAGAAGAUGGGAUCCCCCAAGUCAAGGAAGGAGCCAGAGGAGUUAAAGGAUGAGGACACCAUCUGCCUCGGCAUGGGUGCACAGCCCAGCAGCUCAGAAGACAAAGAGGAGAAGUACUUGGCUUCACCCAGACUGCUGUCCCUGACUUUCAGGAAUCUUGGUCCCAAUAGUGCCCUCACCCCAAAUCUCUUCCACUAGCCAUCAUGAUGGGGGCUAAGAGCCUAGGGCACUAGCCUCAUAUCCUUUUUCCCUUAUUGCCUGGCCCUCAAUAGGAAAGUAAAGAAAUGGCUCAGAGGACCCCCCCUGGUCCUUCAGGUUUCAGUCCUACCCAUGUCAGAGUCCCCUCCCCCACCUCUGCACUACUCCCAAGAGAGACCCCUCCUCACCAGCCUUUUGGCAUGUACCACUAGUCCUGGAAUGCUAUCUUCAUGGCAUCUACUCAUAGUCAAACCCCCAAAUUUACUUGUUCCUCAAUCCUGGGCUAAGACAACACUCUCUUCAUUGUCUCCUUAUCUCUUUCACUUGAGCUCUUGGAGGGUAAGACACUAUGUUUCUCAUACAUUUCUGGGUCCCUGAUGUUUAGCCCAGAGCUUAGCAUGCAUGCCCAGCAUGAACUUUUCUUAAUAAAAUAAUUUCAAAAUGGCAUA